AAAAAUUCCAGCCCCUGGUCCCCCCAUCCUUUGGCACAGAUUUCUUGUCGCCCAUUCUCCUUCAAUGUAUGUACAUGCAUAUAUGAUAUUCCUACCACCCCCCAUCCCUGUGCGAAUGACGUAUCUGAAGAACGAAUUUAGAAAUUAAAAAUUGCUAAUGGUUUUGUUUAAUAUUUUACAGAUGAAACGACCCAGGUUCUAUGGAAAUGUUGAAUAUCUGUUAUGAAAGUCUGCUUUGAUUGACAGAGCCGAUAAUUGAGGAAAUUUCAGGGUUUGUCAAAUGGAAACAAAUUGACAUGUUACCUUGUUUCAGAACAAAUACGUAUAUAAUCAGCCAGUCUUCAUAUGAAACUCUUUCGUCGAUGUUUGAGAGUCAAGUGAUACCUGAGCCAUUACCACAAUUUGGAGACCAAAUUUCAAACCGGAAUCGUCAUAAGACAGAAUACGUCAUCGAGUGUAUACUGACUUUGAUAUCGACUGAAACCCUGCAGAUCGGCAGAACAUUGAAAGCGUGCAUGUCCUGGCCUGUCAUAGUGUUCCAUACCGGACAAAAACAAAUAAGCUAGUGAGAACUAAAGGGAUAAAGUAAGUCCAGUAUCGAUUAUUUAAUCUUAAAUCCCUGAUUUGAUAGCUUAAUCGAGAUGGAAAACACGUGUGAUAUUCAUCAAAACACCUCCAGCUGUUGCAAAGACCAAGAUUUGUAUGAUAUAAGUGAACAUCCCAUGCAUUCGAUUGCGUGGCUAGCCACUGUCCCUUUGACUCUUUCGAUAAUAAUCGCAGUCACUAUAGUGGGGAACGCGAUGGUGAUUGCAGCUUACUUUCGGGACAAACGCAUCAGGAAUAAUGUAGCGAACAUCCUCAUCCUAAACCUUGCAAUAACAGACUUUGUCGUCGGUGCUUUCAUCAUUUCCAUUAACACUGCCUGGAUCAUCAAGGACGUCUGGACCUAUGGAGAAGUGUUCUGCAAAAUCUGGAUAGACGUUGAUUUCGUAGUCACCAUGAUGUCUACGCUCACCAUGGUUCUUAUCAGCUGGGACCGUUACUGUCUCCUGACGAUGGGGAUGCGGUACAAAACAUUCCAGACUAAAAAGCGCAUAUGCGUGAUCCUUGCCAUUUCUUGGACAAUUCAUAUUCUGAUAUACACAUUCCUUGCUUUCGGAUGGAGUCCUAUAACCGGUGAAUAUAACGUAGAUUAUUCACAAAACUGUGAAAUGGAGUUCACAUACAACGUGGCUGCAACGAUCGUCAUCAACAUUUCCGGAUUCUUCAUUCCAUUUGUUAUCUUAAUUAUACUUAACAUUGCUGUGUACAGUAACAUAAAACGGAGGUCUAGGGGUACCGUCGGUCAAAACCCUUCAAGUUCAAUAAAUACGUCGGCUAGGUCACCAAAGAAAAUCUUUGGACCUAGAUCUCCAGGGAGGGUAAACUACCGCCAUCCCGACGGUCCAUCUGUACCAGUAGCAGUCUCACCUAGCCGCGGUGAUAAUGGUGUUGCAGCAAAGGUAACCACCGAGUCUACUGACAAUCGCGCUUGUUUUAGUGGAGAAAAACCCCUCACAAGAGAACUGUCAAUUGAAAGAACCUCGACUUCAAAGAAAGAAGGUCGAACAUUCGCUAGGCAUCGAAAAGCAGCAUUCGUGUUAGCCAUCCUUAUCGGCUGUUUCUUGCUCUGUUGGUUACCCUACCAAGUAACAAGCGUAAUGUAUGCAGUCUGUGAUACCGAUUGCGUAUCCACUCGUUUGUGGGAGGUCACGAAUUUACUUCUUUGGUGUAACUCAACCAUUAAUCCCUUUAUCUAUGCUGCUACUAAUGUCCACUUUCGUCGGAACUUUAGGACGUUUUUGUUGCUUGAUCGUUGGGCUUGUGACUUUAAAAAUUGUGAAUUGAAAUGUCAAAAUGCCAAUCAGAUUCAGGUUGCCACUGAAAGCCUUAAUGGCAGCACGGUUACCUAAUAUCUGCAAAACGGCCGUCUUCGAUCUAGAGAGUUUCCUUGGAAACAUGUCGGAAGCUAGGCCCAGACACAAAACUUUUGUCACUACAGUUAUCAGACUACUGCACAUCUUGCGCCUGUGACCCUAUAAGGCAUGUGGUAAAUAAAUAUUUUAAAAAUAAUGCAUUGGCACCAAUGGUUCGUAUAACGUGUAUCAAGGCACAGGUUAACA